AUGUACUAUUGUUUGGCAGCUUUGAGGGAGGGAUUUAAAGCAUGCUGUCGCACUAUCAUAGGGCUUGACGGUUGCUUCUUAAAGGGGAUUUAUAACGGGCAGCUACUUACGGCAAUAGGGAGAGAUCCGAAUGAAAAUAUCUACCCCAUCGCCUUUGUAUUUGUCGAGAUUGAGAAGUUUGAGACGUGGGAUUGGUUCUUGGAGCAUUUAAUGAGGGAUAUGGGUGAUUCUAGAACCGGGGAAUGUUCUUUUAAAUCUGAUUGUCAGAAAGGUUUGGUGGAGGCGAUUGCAGAACGAGCGCCAAGAGCAGAACAUCGUUUCUAUUUGCGUAAUAUGUACAACAACUUCAAAGUUCGGUUUAAGGGAUUGGAAUUGAAGCGUCUUUUCUGGAAGGCAGUAUCCACAUUUAAUCUGAAGGAGCAUGAGAAAGUGUUGCGACAGAUUCAUCGAUACGAUGUAGCAACUGGGACUGAGGAAACUGCGUACGCAUGGUUGAGUGAGAUCUCACAACAGCACUGGGCACUGGCCUUUUUCCGGAAGGCUAGCCGCAACUGUUUUCCAUCAUGGGGCGGCGACAACAAGUACGAAGUUAUGCACUUCACGCAGAACCAUGUUGUUGAGCUGAACCAACAUAUGUGCACCUACGACAUGUUCCAAAUUAGAGGAUAUCCUUGCUGCUAUGGAGUGCCUGUGAUCGAGUACCAGAGACUUACGGUGGAAAAUUUCGUAGAUGCCUACUUCAAAAAGGAAACGUACAUGACAGUGUACACCCAUGCGAUAAACCCCGUCCCUGGAAUACAUGAGUACGAAGAAUCCAUGCUUGGGGAGGUGGCACCUCCGGUCGUGAAGGUUCGCACUGGGCGUCCGAAAAAAGCUCGUCGGCGCGACGGUAAUGAUGAGCGGCAGGAUGGUAAAGCAUCUUAA